UGUUUUGGUCAUAUGGGCAUAACGGGCAAUUUAAAUGAUCGCAAGUUUUUGACAGAGCCAUAGUCUGAUAUAUGCACACAGAUGGACGCCAUCACAGGUGAAAAAACGAAGCGGCAAAUCCAGUCAGAAGCCAACAGCGAGCACCUCGGACAGCUCCCACAUCCUCCCGUGGGACGUCCAAGGAUCAGCACCUCGGAUAGCGGUCUUUAAAUUUGAAUGCGGAAUGUUGACUGAUCUGAUUUAUUUAAAAUAAAUAAAUAGGCCACAUGUUUUGAGGUCAGUUGAAUGAAAGCUUCAUUGUAGCUCAGCUUAGAGAAAAUGAACGAUAAGAAAAAAAUUAUCUGGGAAAAGUGUCUCCUUAUGAUAACAUACAUAUGUAUCCCUACAUGUAUGCGGCUCUAAAAUCUGUCUCACAGGGGCACAAAACGAUUGAGUCGUGCAUCAAUUGAGAAAUUAAAUGUUGGCUACAACAUGUUAUAUAACCUACUGAGCUGUGCUACUAUUUAAGUUUAAAAUGUGUUUUGUGAUUUUUAUAUUUUAAUUUCGUACACAAGAAUAAAAUUCAAAGACAUGAGUCAAACUGAACUGCACCAGGUAUCAAAUAAACUGCUCCCAGUGCUGAGUUGACCUGCCUGUAGGUCUACAUCUAAAAUAUAUUUUCAACAAUAGAGACCCAUCAGUCGCAGCUGAGCGUAUAGGCUACAGGUGACACGAGGCGUCUGUUGGUGUCUUCGGGGCCUUUUGCAAAAUGCAAGAUCAUUUGAACAGAUCGUAUCAUUUAGAAGUCAAGCGAUGUAAUUCAAAGAAGCUGUAGAGCCACCAUGGCAAGAUUUCUGUUUAUCUCUUGGAGGCUACGACCUGACGUAACGUAACCUAUUGCCGCUUGCAACAUAUCUUGGAGUAGGAGGCGCUGGGUGUGCCCACCCUCUGUUUCAAGCAUAAAAACCCCCACGGUCUCAGCUGAUCAAGACAUUCAGCAAACCUCAAUCUACAGGCAAGAUGACCAGUCUCACUGCUAAGGACAAGGAAACCGUCAGGGCCUUCUGGGCUAAAGUGUCUGGAAAGGCUGAGGACAUCGGCAAAGAUGCUCUGAACAGGAUGCUGAUCGUGUACCCUCAGACCAAGACUUACUUCGCCCACUGGAAGGACCUGAGCCCCGGCUCUGCCCCGGUGAGGAAGCACGGAAUCACCGUGAUGUCUGGAGUCGCUGAUGCUGUGACCAAGAUCGACGAUCUGAAAGGAGGUCUCCUGAACCUCAGUGAGCUGCAUGCCUUCACUCUGAGGAUUGACCCUGCCAACUUCAAGAUUCUGUCCCACAACAUCCUUGUGGUCAUGGCCAUCAUGUUCCCCAACGACUUCACCCCUGAGGUCCAUGUGUCUAUGGACAAGUUCCUGGCUUGUCUGGCUCUGGCCCUGGCUGAGAAAUACCGAUAAACAGCAGAAGAUGACGGAGACUGCAGCAUGAGUUCACUCUGCAAAUUCAAUAAUAAAUGAAUG